UUAUACCAAUUCACAACAAUGCCUUUUGGGUUAUGUAACAGUCCUGGAACAUUCCAACGCGUGAUGGAAAAAGCGUUAGCGGGCCUACAGUGGCAGGUAGCAGUAUUGUACCUUGAUGAUAUCAUCGUUUACGGCCGAACAUUUCAGGAACAUCUCACGAAUCUGGAGAAAGUUCUUGAGAGAAUCAAUAAAGCAGGACUGAAGUUAAAGCCCAAAAAGUGUCAUUUUCUCCGGAAGGAAACGAAGUUUCUCGGCCACAUUGUGUCGAAACACGGAGUACGCACCGACCCGGACAAGACAAGUGCCGUUGAAAACUUGCCUAAUCCUAAGUCAGUAACCGACGUUAGAAGCUUCCUCGGUCUUACAUCCUACUACCGGAAAUUUAUUAAGGACUACGCAAUCAUAGCCAGACCCCUGUUUGACCUCACCAAGAAAAACACAAAGUUUUGCUGGACUGAUGACACAGAGAGAUCAUUUAUCGAAUUGAAACAGAAACUUACUGGAUCGGAAAUAUUGGCUUACCCGGAUGUCAAUGGAUCAGAAUUCAUCCUUGACACGGACGCCAGCCAAUACGCCAUUGGAGGGGUACUAUCCCAAAUCCAGGAUGGAAAAGAAAGGGUUAUUUCCUAUGGUAGCAGGAGUUUGGACAAAGCAGAGAGAAACUACUGUGUUACCAGAAAAGAAAUGUUGGCUGUAGUAUAUUUUACUAAGUACUACAAACAUUACCUGAUCGGAAAACCAUGUAUAGUACGUACGGACCACGGCUCGCUUACUUGGCUGGGUCGAUUUAAAGAGCCAGAUGGACAAAUUCACCGUUGGUUACAACAACUAAGCCAAUUUGACAUGAAAAUCGUACACAGACCAGGACGAAAGCAUGGGAACGCGGACGGGCUGUCUCGAUUGGUUAAAACUGAAGGGGAUAAAUGCAAGCAGUGUAAAAUGCCCUGGGAUUAUACGUAUCAGGAGACCGAGACAGGUACAGAAGAUACGGAGACAAAAGAGAGAAAACAGCCAGAAAGAAACACCGACAACGCUGAUACCAAUACACACCAGACAAAGUCUGGGAUGAGGAUACACAUAUAUCCCGCAGACAUCAGACGUGUUAAUGUGGAGGCGAUUGUUAACUCGGCUAAUGAGCGUUUAAGUAACGGAGCCGGUGUGGCACGCGCAAUAGCCGACGCAGCUGGAGUCAAGUUUAGGAGUGAGUGUGAAAAUUACAUUAAAACCCACAAUAGACUUCCGGAAACAAGUGUAUUUACUACAACCGCAGGCGAGCUCCCCUACCGCGGGGUUAUACACUGUGUCGGACCGAGAUGGGACGAUUACGUGACGGAGGGGAAAGAUGAGUGCAUAGCAAAUCUUGAAACCACAAUAAUAAAUAUUGCGAGAGAAGCUGAAAACAAAGAAUUUCUCCGAAUAGCUAUUCCUACAAUUAGCUCGGGCCUUUUUGGAGUACCAAAAGAGAUAUGUGCCAAAGCUUACCUGGAUGGAAUUUUAAAGUUUUCUGAGAGAUACAGGGAAAAACUAGAAGAAAUACAUUUCGUAGACAUUGACCAUAGUAUGGUAAUGGUAAUCAGAGACACUUUCAAUAGCCAUUUCAUUCCAGGCGGUAGUUACCAACCAACCUACUGUAUAGAGAGUAAUUCUAUGUCGGAAGUGUCGGAAGAUAGUGAGGCUAACGACGACACGCCGGGAGGCGUUAGGCUGAAGAGGGGGAGGAAACCAAACAGACCUCAAACGGCCCGUGCAAAACAACGCCCAACACCCGUUCUCACACUUGGCGUUUUAAGUAAACGACAAAAAGCGGACACUAUCAUUGGAGAAGUAUACAAGCUAAAAAUGGAACAUUCGGAAAAACCGAGUUGGACAGAGAUCUCACAUAAAUGUCCGGAACUUAAACACUGGAUAAGUAAAUGGGAUCUUCUGGAAAUACAAAACGGGGUACUGUGCCUACGUUGGCACCAGAAUGACGGAAAUGAAAAAUGGAGGAUAUGUAUCCCAGACGACAUGAUUGACGAGAUCAUAUGGUAUCUUCACGACUCACGCACUAGCGGCCAUUUUGGAGUUACAAAAACACAAGAAAAAGCUAAUAUGAGUCCAUACUACUGGCGCAACAUCACUUCUACCGUGCAAGACUAUGUAGCAUCCUGUGAAACAUGUGGAGAAUAUAAGAAUCCCAAACACUCCAAACGGCAUACCAUGCAGUCUUACGUAAUGGGAGGACCUUUUGAGAGACUGGCCACGGAUAUAGCGGGACCCUUUCCGACAACCGCAUAUAAGAACAGGUACAUUCUAGUAGUGAAAGACUAUUUCACGAAAUUCACAGAAAUCUACCCUAUGGCGGACAUGCAAGCGGAAACGGUGACAGAAAUAAUUGUCAAAUCUUGGAUAACUAGAUAUGGCUGUCCACUAGAAAUCCAUUCCGAUCAAGGAAGACAAUACGAGAGCGCCAUCUUCAAAGAAAUGUGCAAGUUAUUGGAGAUACACAAAUCAAGAACCACACCACUCCACCCAAGAUCGGACGGCAUGGUCGAGCGAAUGAACAGGUCCAUAAAUGACAUAUUGGCUAAAUAUGUGAGGGAAAAUCAGAAAGACUGGGACAUACACCUACCGUUUGUCGCAAUGGCGUACAAUAGUACACCACAUAGCGGAACGGACAUAUCGCCUCGGCGUAUGGUCUUCGGCAGAGAAAUGGCCUUACCGUUGGACGUCAUGACAGAACCCCCCGUAAGCGAACCGGGUACCAAAUGCGCCACAGAGUACGCAUCUUAA